AUGGACUCUCAUCUUAUCAAGACAGUCAACAAGCUACAGGACGCUUUCUCGACCGUCGGUGUCCAUAAUCCCGUAGACUUGCCACAAAUUACCGUCAUCGGUUCGCAAUCCAGUGGCAAGAGUUCCGUACUAGAAAACAUUGUAGGACGCGACUUUUUACCUCGUGGUACUGGUAUCGUUACUCGUCGUCCCUUGAUUCUUCAACUCAUUAAUAGACCCGCUACCGCCAAACCGAAUGGCACUACCGAUGAUGCACCGAAAACCAAUGACCACGAAGACCCUGAUGAAUGGGGUGAAUUCCUUCAUCUGCCCGGUCAAAAAUUCCAUAAUUUUGAUAAAAUUAGAGAAGAAAUUGUAAAGGAUACAGAACUCAAGACGGGCAAGAACUUGGGCAUUUCUCCACAACCGAUCAACUUGAGAAUCUUUUCUCCCAACGUGUUAACUUUGACCAUGGUGGAUCUUCCCGGUUUGACAAAGGUCCCUGUGGGAGAUCAACCAAAAGAUAUCGAGAAACAAAUCAAGGAGAUGAUUCUGAAAUAUAUCACGAAACCCAAUGCGAUUAUUCUCGCCGUGACAGCAGCUAAUACCGACUUGGCUAAUUCCGAUGGCUUGAAGCUCGCACGUGAGGUGGACCCUGAAGGAUUGAGAACGAUUGGUGUCUUGACAAAGAUCGAUUUGAUGGAUCAAGGCACCGAUGUUAUCGAUAUUCUCGCGGGUAGGGUGAUUCCCUUGCGAUUAGGCUAUGUUCCUGUCGUCAAUCGCGGUCAGCGCGAUAUUGAAAGCAAAAAGUCCAUCACAAAGGCCCUUGAAGCUGAACGUGAAUAUUUCGAAAACCAUCCUUCUUAUCGAAGCAAGGCUCAGUAUUGCGGUACACCCUUCUUGGCCCGAAAGUUGAACAUGAUUUUGAUGCAUCAUAUUCGAAACACGUUGCCGGAGAUCAAAGCGAAAAUCCAAACGGCACUUAGCAAAUAUCAACAGGAACUUUUACAGCUGGGCGAUGUAUUGGGCGAUGGCUCCAGUAAUCAAGCCAAUCUUGUCUUGAACAUCAUCACCGAGUUUUGCACGGAAUUCCGCACGAUCAUUGAUGGUAAUUCCAAUGACCUGUCAAGCUUUGAACUGUCUGGUGGUGCUCGUAUUAGUUUCGUUUUCCAUGAGUUAUAUGCCAAUGGUGUGAAAAGUGUCGACCCCUUGGAUCAGAUCAAAGAUGUCGAUAUUCGUACCAUCCUUUACAAUUCUUCGGGUUCAUCACCUGCAUUGUUCGUAGCCACCACCGCGUUCGAAGUCAUUAUCAAAAAGCAGAUUAAGCGCUUGGAAGAACCUAGUGUGAAAUGUAUCAACAUGGUCUACGACGAACUUGUCCGAAUUCUGGGACAGCUACUCAACAAACAGUUCUUCAAGCGAUUCCCCAACCUGAAAGAUAAAUUCUACUCGGUGGUACUGGCCUUUUUCAAAAAAGCACUCACACCUACCACGAAGCUCGUUUCCGAUCUGGUUUCGAUGGAGGCGUGCUACAUUAACACUGCUCACCCUGACUUUUUGAAUGGUCAUCAAGCCAUUGCCCUUGUGAACGAACAAAUUCAAGGACCAAAGCAAAUCCAGCAAGCCGGCGAUGAGCGUCAUGCCAAACCGGUGAAAUCCUCACAACAGAUCAGUGCUCUUCAAACAAGCAAUUCCAGCACAUCAAGCGAGAAAGAAAACGAUGGAUCCUUCUUUGGAAGCUUCUUCUCUGGUCCCAAGAAACCCAAGAAAAUCGGUGGUUUGAUGGAUGCUCCUCCACCUACUCUCAAGGCAACGGGGGCUCUUUCAGAACGCGAGUACAUGGAAACUGAAGUGAUCAAACUGCUGAUCCAAUCGUACUACAACAUUGUGAAACGCACCAUGAUUGAUAUGGUGCCAAAAGCAAUUAUGCUCAAUCUUGUCAGCCAUGCAAAGGAGGAACUUCAACGCGAACUUUUGUCAGAGUUGUAUAAAGCUGAUGUGUUGGAUGAACUUUUGCAGGAAUCCGAAUUUACGCAACAAAGACGAAAAGAGUGCAAGAAGAUGAUUGAAGCGUUGCAAAAGGCAGACGAAAUUGUUGGAUCCGUGUAG